ACUUGCCUCUCUGUAAUCACCAAAACUAAAAAUAAUGGGUUUCUUCAAUCUCAUCAUCACCCUCGCAUUUCUGUUGCUGUCUCUGUUCCUCACCUUCCUGUCGUUUCUCACCUUCAAAAUCUUCACCGGAAAAUCCCUCAGAGACCCAAAUUACCCACCUGUCAAAGGCACCGUCUUCCACCAGCUCCUCUACUUCACCACGCUCUAUGACCACCAAACCAAACUCGCCGGAGACACCCCAACUUACCGGCUCCUCGCGCCGGACCACAGCGAGGUCUACACCGCCGAUCCAUUAAACGUCGAGCAUGUUCUCAAAACCAACUUCGCCAAUUACACGAGAGGUGAUUACCAUGUGGGUAUUAUGUCUGAUAUCUUUGGCCAGGGGAUAUUUGUGGCUGAUGGAGAGAAAUGGAAGCAGCAGAGGAAGCUUGCCAGUUACGAGUUUUCGACGAGAGUGCUUAGGGAUUUUAGCUGCUCUGUUUUCAGAAGAAAUGGUGCUAAAUUGGUCAAAGUUAUUUCUGAGUACUCUGUUGCUAAUGGAGUUUUUGAUAUGCAGGAUUUGCUUAUGAGAUGUACUUUGGAUUCAAUAUUCAAAGUUGGGUUUGGAAUAGAACUGCAUUGCUUGGAGGGUUUAAGCAAAGAAGGGAUAGAAUUUAUGAAGGCAUUUGAUGAGUCCACUGCUUUGACCUAUUGGAGAUACGUUGAUCCGUUCUGGAAAUUGAAAAGGUUUCUUAACAUUGGUUGUGAGGCUUCCCUUAAAAAAUAUGUCAAAGUUAUUCAAAAUUUUGUGCAGCAACAUAUCAGCAGAAAGAGGGAACUGCUAGCUCUGAAGAAAGAUGGUAAUGGCAAGGAGGACAUACUCUCGAGGUUUCUAUUGGAGAGUGAAAAGAAUCCAGAGGAGAUGAAUGAUAAAUAUCUAAGCGAUAUAAUUCUGAAUUUUAUGAUUGCUGGGAAAGAUACCAGUGCAAACACCCUGUCAUGGUUCUUCUACAUGCUUUGCAAGCAUCCUCUCAUACAAGAAAAAGCUGCACAAGAAGUGAGGGAUGUAAUUGGUAAUCAAGAAGUAGAUGUUGAUGCAUUUGUAGAGAAAAUAACUGAUGCAUCUCUUGACCAACUUCAUUAUCUUCAUGCUACACUAUCAGAGACCUUGAGGCUAUACCCUGCAGUUCCUGUGGAUGGGAGAUGUGCGGAGAAAGAUGACAUUCUUCCUGAUGGCUUUAUAAUGAAAAAAGGAGACGGAAUAAAUUACAUGGCCUAUUCCAUGGGGAGAAUGCCUUAUAUUUGGGGACAAGAUGCUGAGGAAUUCAAACCUGAAAGAUGGCUCAACAAUGGAGUUUUCCAGCCUGAAUCAACUUUCAAAUUUGUCACAUUUCAUGCAGGCCCUCGGAUUUGUCUAGGAAAGGACUUUGCUUACCGACAGAUGAAGAUAGUAACAACAGCUCUUCUGUACUUUUUUCGCUUCAAAUUGGCUGAUGAAACAAAAAAUGUAACCUACAGAACCAUGUUCACCCUUCACAUCCAUGGUUCUCUCCCUAUGCUUGUAGUUCCAAGAACCGAGCAGAAGUAGAGCUAGCAUACUUGUGUAUAGGAUAUCAAUGUAUUUACAAUAUGUGAAAUGAUUACAACUGGUCAAUGGUGUUGUCUAGCUGUUUGUGUUUAGGAGAUGUAGUAACUAGUAAACAUGGUUUGUAUCUGGCUAGAUGAUGAUGGUAUGUAUAUUUGGAUAUUCACUAU